AUGUUAUCAUCACUAUUUCAAGAGCAAAUUUUUAUACAACUUGUGCUUAUAACUAUUUUCUAUAAAUAUCGAACUAAUGCUACAAAUGUUACUUUCGUUCCAGAGCCUAUUCACAUAACAGUAGCUGAUCUUCCAGAACCAUAUGCUACACCAUCAUAUAAUAAAGAUGCCAAUGUAUUUCCUGUUCCUGAAGAUCCUAUACUCUAUGUUCCUAAUGGGUUUACAGUUAAGUUAUAUAUGAGUGGACUUACUAUGCCACGUUACCUUAUAUAUACACCAGCAGGCGAUAUAUUAGUUAGUGAACCAAGACUUCAUCGAAUAUCAUGUUUGAUAGAUAAUGAUGGUGAUGGUUAUCCAGACGAACGUACUACAUUUGCUGAUGCAUCAAAUGGACUCAAUCAACCAUAUAGUAUGGCUUUUGCUCAUGGAUAUUUUUAUGUUGGUAAUCGAAAUGUUACACGUCGUUAUCCAUGGACAACAGGUAGUCGUCAAAUAUUUGGAAUAGGUGAAUUAGUAAUGACUUAUGAUGGACGUGGUCAUUGGACACGAAUAGUUGUUGUAUCACCUGAUAUUGAUCGUAUUUAUAUUGGUAUUGGUUCAGGAACGAAUGUUGAUGUUGAACAAUUACCACGAGCUUCUGUUCAACUAGCUAAUCUUGAUGGUAGUAAUCAAACUACAUUUGCUUAUGGUCUUCGAAAUCCAAUUGGUUUAGCUUUUCAUCCGAUUACAAAAGAUUUAUAUGUAGCAUGUCAAGAACGAGAUGGACUUGGUGAUGAUCUUGUGCCAGAUUUUUUUACACGUAUUCAACAAAAUGAUUUUUAUGGAUGGCCUUAUGCUUAUAUGAGUUCAAAUUUAAUUGAUCCUCGACGUCGUUUAAAAAAUGGUACAAGUGAACGACCUGAUCUUGUAUCAAUAACUCGAACACCUGAUGUUCUUUUUCAAGCUCAUUCAGCUGUACUUGAUACACGUUUUUAUACAGGUAAACAAUUUCCAAUAAAAUAUCAAAAUGGUGCUUUUGCUGCAUUACAUGGUUCAUGGAAUAGAAAUAAUGGUACGGGUUAUAAAAUUGUUUUUAUACCAUUCGAUAAUACAACUAAUCGACCACUAGGAUAUUAUGAAGAUUUUGUUACUGGAUUUCUUCUUAAUCCAUCAGGACCUGAUACAUUUGGACUUCCUGUUGGAUUACUUGUAUUGAAAGAUGGUAGUCUCUUAUUUACUGAUGAUGGUAAUAAUCGUAUCUAUCAAGUACAGUAUAAUAAAUAA